AUGGAAAAAAGAAGAGCUGGUGUGCCCCCUUUGAAGAAAAUAGCAUACGACGCAACCGCAUCGGGAGAAAGUAACUGGUGGGACGAGGCAGAGACUGCAGCAAUCGAACAAAGAAAAGUAGAUGCAAUAUUUUCCCAAAUGGAAGAGUACAAGAAAGUGGCUGAAGAAGCUGUAAACGAAAAGCAAAGAAUACAAGAGAUAAAAAUAGAUGAACUUCUGUCGUCCGUACAGGGCACAGAGGUGGGUGCCUCGGAUGCGUGCGAAAUGGUCAAGACUGCAGUUCUUAACUGCCGGGAGCAUCUUUUUACAAUCUCACAGCUCAGAAAACGAGCGGCGCAGAUGAAGGAGAUUCCGCAGAAAGAGAAGCCGUCGAUUUCGAAAGACGAAAUAACAGGAUAUAUUGAGCGGGUGGAUGCAUUAGAGAAUCAAGUGCACGCGCUUAUCAGCAAAUGCCCACCAAACUAUACAAAGCUAGCGAAAACACUUGAGCAAGAGAACAAGGAGCUAUUUUUAAGCAUUGAAGAGCUAACAAAGAAAAUAGAAAGUCUCCUGCAGAAAGAGCAGAGUGUGCGGCAAGAAAUGCAGGAGAUGCAGCAGAGCAUGGUGAGUGCGUCUGAAGCAGCAGAGGCCAAACAGCGCGUGCUCCAGAAAGAGAGCAAGCAGUCUGCAGACGAGAAGAUUAUUCUUCAAAAACGAGUAGAUGAGCUGUAUCUGGCUCUAGAGACACUUAACUCUACGAUUGUGGAUAGAGCAAGGGAUCUAGAGAAUACAGUAGAUAACAAGAUAGACUGUGUGAAUGACUGCCAUCUGAAAAUAAAAGAGCUGCAGGAUAAAGAAAUAGAUAGACUUGAAGAGGUUGCAUUUCUUGUGCGAAAAUACAUUGACACAGGAAAAAAGAAUGACUCUCUUCUUCUUGAGCUAGCAGAAGUACAAAAUGAACUUAAAUUAGAAAGGGACCGGCCGACAGCAGAGUGCACCGAAAAGACUGCUGUGCCAGACACACAGAAAAUCGAGGAAGAGAUGCAUGCCCUGCGAAGAGAACUUGAAAGAAGCCAGGUGGACUAUCUUGAAAGGAAGGCCUCCGCGCACUAUCAUAAAAGAAAGGCUGUUCAGUACGAGGCCGAUCUUGCACUAGCGAAAAAGACUGCUGCGUCUUUGGAGGCAGCAAAUAAGGCCCUCCAUGAUAGACUUCAAAUACUUCAGAAUAGCACAAAGACAGUGUUUUCUUCGGAAACAGACAUAGAGCUGUACCAGCGCAUGAUUAGAUGCAGUGUGUGCUGCACAAACAUAAAAGAUGUAGCACUUAAAAGGUGCAUGCAUCUAUUGUGCAGAAGCUGCAUUGAUAGUCGCAUGGCAAGCCGGCAGAAGACAUGUCCACUAUGUGGCACAACCUGCACUCCAAGUGAUAUUGUAAGUGUCUAUUUGUAG